AUGGAAUCAACGUCUUCAUCCCCAGCCCCAACUAACGGCACUGCGCAUACAAACGGCAAUGGCGUGCUUCACGACACCCUCGUCGAACCAUCCAUUACCUUUGACACCUCAAUAUUCCGCUCAUACCUUCUUGCCCUGCUCCCACCGGUACUGGCUGCUUCCCCGAUCGAACUAGAGUCCUUAUUUGACGACGAGUUUGACGAACGUGUAUCACGAUUCGCGGGUGAGGGCGGGGGUGUCAUCCAUGUCGUGAAACACAAGGACGAGAGUGAAGAUGAGGCGCCGCCAACGUACUCAUACAAGCUCACAUCACAACUGACUUACGACUCAUCGCACGUUGAGACUGUCGCGAUAAUCAAGCGUAGCCCCAUAUUGGAUCCAACGACGCCUCUAGCUGCACAGCUGCACAUACUAAAUCUUUUUGGAGGCGACGAGACGCCCUACGAGAGUCUACACGCCGUGGUAAGUUGCGGUGUCAAGCCAUGGUUCGAGGCAUUUGUAGGAGCGCGAGGUGGGGGUAAAGAUGGCGACUCCAAAAUGGGUAUUCCGAUGACCAAGAAGAAAUUCGCGGAACUCGAACUUUCCUUGCUCCAUCUCCAGCAGAACGUCGAGAUUCCAGAGACACACCUGACCAUCCACCCAGUCAUCCAACGCGCUGUUGAGCAGGCCCGAGCAGCGGGUACGCGCCCGAGCAUCUCAGAUAUUCCUUCAAAGCUGCUGAAUGACAGCACGUUCCUCAAUACACUGCAUGGCCAUGUCAACCAGUGGAUCAAGUCAAUUCAGACUGUCACAAAGCUGUCACGAGAUGUCUCGUCUGGGACGGCGUCCCAGGAAAUCAAUUUUUGGCUGAGUCUCGAGCGGGCAUUGGAAGGGAUUGAGGCACAAUUACGGAGUGAGGAGGUCAACAUGGUCAUGGAGUGCUUGAGGAAUGCGAAGCGCUUCCAUGCUACGGUUAGUUUUAUCGCGGAUACUGGGCUCAAGGACGCGACAGACACCGUCCACAAAUAUAACCAGCUCAUGAAGGACUUCCCACUCAACGAGCUGCUCUCCGCGACGGACCUUGAAAAGAUCCAAGAGGCCCUCAUCCUCAUCUUCGGGCACAUCAACCGCAAGCUCAAGCUCUCGCCGUACCCGAUUCGGCGUGCGCUGCCGCUCGUCGAGGCAAUCUCGCGUGACUUCAACGACCAGCUGCUGCGCGUACUCACGUCGCACCGCCUCCUGUACACGCCAUACGAGACGUUCGAGCGCCUGCUCGGCCAGACAAUGAACAUCUUCCGCACAUGGGACGACAAUAUCAAGGAGUUCACGAAUGUCGCGCGCGAGGUCACGCGCAAGCGUUCGGAAAAGUUCAUCCCCAUCAAGGUCAACCCCGCGCACGCGAAGCUGCAGGACCGCGUGCGCUAUCUCAGGGACUGGCGCAAGCAGCAUGAGCAGCUCGCGGUGAUGACAGGGCCGACGAAGGGUCUCGGCACGGUGAGUAUGGAGAUUGGCGGGAUGGACAUGGAGGCGGAGGUCAAGGAGGCCUACGAGGUCAUGAAGCGGAUCGACGUCCUUGACGUUUCAGUUGAGGGAAGCGAGAUCUGGGUUGCGGCGGAGAACGCGUACAAUGAGCGCGUCGCUCGCGUCGAGAAUCAGAUCAUCGCACGUCUGCGGGAUCGACUGGGCACAGCACGGAAUGCCAAUGAAAUGUUCCGCGUCUUCUCCAAGUUCAACGCGCUUUUUGUGCGCCCAAAGAUCCGUGGUGCUAUACAAGAGUACCAGACUCAGCUCAUAGACUCCGUAAAAGAAGACAUAAAGCGACUGCAUGAUAAGUUCAAGACCCAAUACCGCUUCUCCGAGGCGUACCACAUGUCGCAGAUGCGCGACCUGCCCCCAAUAUCCGGCGCCAUCGUCUGGGCACGUCAAAUUGACCGUCAGCUACAGGCAUACAUGAAACGUGUCGAAGACGUGCUCGGCAAGGGUUGGGAGCUCUAUGCUGAGGGACAGAAACUGCAGUCCGAGAGCGCCGCGUUUCGGAAGAAACUCGACACGCGCCCUGUUUAUGAUGCAUGGCUGCACGACAUCAACCGACGGGACAUGGGUGUGAACGGGCGACUGUUUGAGAUCGUGCGGCUGCGCGGUGGCGGCUUCCAGCUCGCGGUGAACUUCGACCCGCAGAUCAUCACGCUCUUCAAGGAGGUCCGGAAUCUGCUAUGGCAGAACUUCCAGGUCCCGCAUGCAAUCACGAACAUGGCAAAGGACGCCAAGCGAGUAUAUCCGCAUGCCGUCAGUCUAAUGGAGACCGUGCGGACGUAUGGCCAGACGCUUGAUCUCGUUGAGAAUAACAAGGGCAUCGAGUGGCUUGUAGCUGAGUACCGAAACGAAGCGCAACGAAUGGUAGGCCGAGGGAUGAACAUUCGUUGGGAUCACUUCAUGAACCAGUACGAUUCCGGAAGAUACGUAACGAGUGGUGACGCGCGAGACACCCGACAUAUUCAGUUCGUGCGAGAGUUUGCUAGUGUGGUCUCUAUCCUGCAGGACAAGACCAACAACGUUAUUGACCUAUACAAGGACAUCACUCGGGCAGUCGAAGAGUUGUCUAGUUGUCCGUAUACUACAGAAGCUUUCACCGAGCUGCUGAGCAAGAUCCAAGCCGCUAUUGAUCGCCUGAACUUGGAGGGUUAUGCGAAUCUCGAGCAGUGGGUUGCCGAACUGGAUCAGCGGAUCGAGGCUAUCCUCUUGCGUCGGCUUUCGCAUACGAUUCAGCUGUGGUGCCAGGAAUUCGACAGGGUGGAAGAUGCUGAUGGUCGGCGCGAACCACCAGCCCUCAGGGACAUCACGAACAAGCGUCGAACAGACCGAGCAGACAAACGUAUCAAGGACGAGCGGACGGCGGAAGUGACUUUGACACUGAAGCCGAUCGUCCAUGAAAUUCGGAUACAAAAUCAGGUUAUUUUCCUUGAUCCGCCAAUAGAAUACGCGCGACAGAGCUGGGUUAAACAGCUGCAUGAUUGGCUUGGCGUUGUAUGUCGAUUGCGGCGGAUACAAAGUUCCCGUUACGAGAUCGGGCUGCAAAUGCAAGGGUCUAUUACUACAGAAGUAACUUACACAUCAUUACUCACCCAUUUCACGGACGGGUCUUUGGAGCACCCAUUCUCCUUGAUCGAACUCAAGGUUCAACAGCUCAAGGAAUACGUCGCGAAAUGGCUGCAGUUCCAGUCUCUAUGGGAUUUGGAGGCUGAAUAUGUCUUCAACCGCCUCGGCGACUCGCUUGCACAUUGGCAGCAGCUACUCACCGAGAUCAAGAAAGCACGCUCAACGUUUGACACGUCGGAGACACAGAAGUCAUUCGGCGUAUGCGUGAUCGAUUACGAACAAGUGCAGGCCCGGGUCAAUGCGAAGUACGAUGCCUGGCAAAGGGACAUCCUCAGUCGCUUUGGCAUCAAGCUCGGAAAUGCGAUGAAGGAAAUGCACGCAACGAUUCUCAAAGCCAGGAACGACCUUGAACACCAGUCCAUAGAAGGUUUGGUUGGAGCACCGCGGAGGUUCUGAUUGUUUUUUACAUCGCCAUUCAUUUAUAUCCAUCGUUGCUAUCUCUCAUCUUCUAUCAACGCAUGUCAUUCAUUCAUCCGCAGUGUAGAUACCACUGGUUGUUGGGCCCACCGUAUAUCAUAGCAGUCUGCCUGGCUUCCUUAUAGUUGAUACCAUCAUCGCACGAGACAUGCAUGUUCUCGUUUGUAUGUACGCUUACUUGGAAGACGCAGUCCUUGUAUGGUCUAAUUAGGGGAAGGUACGAGAUGACGAGGGCGGUCUGGGGGAUCUGGACCUAGACCGAAAGUCGGUUGGUUGACUAUGUUCAAUGAGUCCGCUGUCAUCUUAUCUGUCGUUGCAUCCACCAUCCUUCACCGUCCAUUGACUCUGGUAUUAGUUUAAUGUUGUAUGCUACAACACAGAUAGGUAUUUUGUGCG